AUGGCGUCGUCGAUUGCCGCCGUCCUCAAGGACAAUAUCGCCAUGCUCAGGACAAGUCUCCUCCAAACCGACAUCGAUCUCCUCACGACCAACCCCACCGCAAGUCCUCUCUUUCCUUACCUCUCCAUCUUCACCGUUGCCCUUGUCGCCAACACUCUCUUCCGUUUAACAAGAACAUACCCCUCUAUCCCCUUCCAUGUUCCUGUUCCAGAAGAAGCGCUGCCAGGAUGGAAAGGUGGAAGUAUCUUGAAGAACCCUAGCAUCCAGGAUCCCGCUCGUCCCGAUCAAAUCAUCUGCUACGACCCCUCCACAGGCCGCCACCUCGCCACCAUCCCUGCACAAACAAAGGCCGACGUCGCCUCUGCCCUCGCCAAAGCCAGAAAGGCUCAAGCCAAAUGGGAAAAGACCACUUUUGCACAACGCAAGAUUGUCCUCCAGUCCCUGCUGGAUUUCAUUCUCCUCCACCAGGAAUCGAUCUGCAGAGUCGCCGCAAGGGAUACAGGCAAGACUAUGGUCGAUGGCAAGUUUGGAGAAAUUCUGACGACCUGUGAACGUAUCCGUUGGACUUUGGCGCACGGAGAGGAUGCCCUCAAGGACGAGCACCGUGACCCGGGACUGUUGAUGUUUUACAAGUCUGCGCGUGUUCAGUACCGUCCCAUGGGCGUUGUUGCGGCAUUGGUCUCGUGGAACUAUCCCUUCCACAACACGUUUGGACCCCUGAUCACAGCGCUCUUUGCAGGAAACGGAAUCUUGAUCAAGGCUUCGGAACAAGUUGCCUGGUCGACGACGACCUAUUUCGCCCAGAUCGCCCGUACGUGUCUCGAGGCCUGUGGACAUGACCCCGAUCUGGUUCAGUUCCUGGUCGGAUUCCAAGAGUGCGGUGAGGCUGUUGUGACCAGCGGAGUCGAUGGAAUCACAUUCAUCGGAUCCCCCCAAGUCGGUGCUAAGGUCGCCACAGCAGCCUCGUACAACUUGACGCCCUGUGUGCUGGAGUUGGGAGGCAAGGAUGUGGCGAUUGUCAACAAGGAUGUCGAUCUCGAGGCUGUGGUUCCUAUUCUGAUGAGAGGUGUCUUCCAGAACUGUGGUCAGAACUGUAUUGGGUUGGAGAGGAUUAUUGUUCAUGAGAGUUUACAUGAGAAAUUGAUUGAGAUGGCUGGCAGCAGGAUCAAGCAGUUGAGGCAAGGGCCUCCUCUGGAGAUCGAGAACAUUGACUGUGGUGCCAUGACCAUGAGCGGACGCAACAAGGCGUUGGAAGGACUGGUGAACGAGGCGGUGAAGGAGGGCGCUACAUUGGUCUACGGAGGCCACGGAUACGUACACCCAAAGUUCCCUGACGGCCAAUUCUUCGCGCCCACACUCAUCACCGAUCUCCGUCCCGACAUGAAGAUUGCCCAAGAAGAAGCCUUCGCCCCCAUCAUGGCCGUCUUCAAAUUCAAGACCCUCGACGAUGCCAUCGCCAUCGCCAACUCGACUCGGUACUGCCUCGGCUCCAACGUCUUUUCUCGUAACCAAAAGGAAGGCCAGUAUAUGAUGGAUCGUCUGAAGGUCGGUAUGAGCAACUUAAACGAUUUCGGGGUCAACUACCUCUGUCAGUCAUUACCAUUCGGUGGUGUGGGGAUGAGUGGAUAUGGUCGGUUUGGUGGGCCUGAGGGUUUGAGGGCGGUGUGUCACCAGAAGGCGGUGACGAUGGAUCGGUGGCCGAUGUUGAUCCAGACGUUCUUGCCACCUGUGUUACAGUACCCGAUGAACAAUGUUGGGGAUGCCAUUGUGGUGACGAGGGAUCUUGUGAAUAUUAUUUAUGCUGGGUGGGCUGGCCGAGCCCAUGCUGUCUUUGAGAUUGUUAGGACCCUUCUUGUUGGUGCCAACCAGCCUGAGCAACUUUAG